GUGGUUAUCACCCAUCAGCCGCACGACGAGAGGACAUUUAAGAGGGCGUCACGUCGCUCGUCGGGUCGGGUGAGCAUCUUUCAUCCUUCCUUCCACACAAGAUAAGACAAUUGAAAACAUUGAUUGCACCUGGUGUGUUAGAAUUGAACGGCCUCUACGACAAAUCUCGAUACCCAUUGACGAUACCCAUCAACCGGCUUGAAGCCUUUUUAUCUUUAGUCUGCUGGAUUAUUCUCUCAAUCAUCCUCGCAGACGCCAAAUACCACACAUAGCAAACUGUCACAUCCCAAAUCCUCGCCUCGCCAACAUUAUGAACUCCUUCAAUCGUGCCUCCGCUCCGGCGCCUCUCGACAUGCACCGCGCAUCGCGCACUUCCUCUUCUACCUCUGACCAGGGGAGUGCUGGCUACUUCGACUCGCCCGCCUUCAUUGACGAUAAGCAACGCACUGGCUCGUACUCCAGUGAUGUGUCCAUUCUCGACUCUGCAUCGUCACCGCCCAAGUCAGCUCAUCCUUGGAUCAAGCCCGCGGCCACUGUCAACGUAUACACCACUUGCGGCCGACACACCGACCAGCUACUAUUUGGCGGGCCAUCCUUGACGGCGCUCGCGCGGUCGAUGAUGGGAAAGAAAUGACACACAGGUGCAGGGUCAAUGGACAAUGCUCUUCAUGUUGUAAUUCCACUUGUUUCCACAUGAUCGUGUGCGAUCAUUUUACGCAAGCAACGUCGCUGGCCGGCAUGGGAUGAGAAUUAUGGUGGGCGGUACGGCGUUUUCUGGGGGCAACGUAACCGGCUGUGUGAGGGCGAAGGGCUCUGGCCAGAAUAAUUGGUGGGAGUGGCCAUGUACAACACUUUACGUGUGCAAUAGUUUUGAUGAGUCCAUGAAUAUGAUAACGACUUCUAAAUUUGGCAAUGGCCGGUAUGAAC